AUGCCGGCAUGGGAGGAGGACAAGUGGUGGCUGAAUGAACGGGACGAGGGGAUGAAGAAGUGGGAGAACGCUUAUAUGGAUGCGCUCACUUCGGAGCAGCUCUUCGACGUCAUCACCGCUGCUAACUACCUGGACAUCAAAUGCCUUCUCGACAAAUCAGCCGAAACCAUCGCUGCUAUGAUCAAAGGGAAGAAUCCGGAGGAGAUUCGCGAGAUUUGGCAGCUCACAAACGACUUCACGCCGGAAGAGGAGGAGGCUAUGAAG